UUAUCAACUUCGCAUGCACAUCACUCUUCACCACAAACCAUUCUUGAAGUGAGCCAUCGGUUCAGAUAAAUAUAUUUAUAUUUAUUAACUUUGCAAUACUUGUAUAUUGGCUCUAGCACGCUGCUAAAGGUUGUUCCUCUUACCAGCAGGCGAUGGCUUUAAACUAACUAAAAGCAAUAUAAAACAUGGCUAAAAGCUAGUUUCAAUCACUUUCACUUGUCCCAGCUGAAAGAGAAAAAUGCAAUAGUGUCUGUGUAUACAAAAAAAAAAAAAAAAACGAAAAUAAAUAAAGAAAAGGAAAGCGCAACCCAGCUCCAAUGUGUGUUCGCCUAUUGUUUGUGACAAUCAACUGACUGUGAUUUACGAAACAACGAAGGAACAAACAUCGAGCGAACUGCCCAUCUCACAAUAUAACAUAACAGGAAAUCUAAAAGAGCCUGGAGCUGGCUACGACAGCGGUGGUGCCGCCAACAAACACACACAUUCAUACAGACAUACAAACAUACAUACAGACACACUCACAGAUUCACGCAGAGCCGUGCCCCCUAUUCGGCAGAAUGGGCAACGAUGACAAUCGUCGAAGGAAAUCUCCCUGUAAUUGCUGUUUGUCCGCCUUCAAGUGGAUACCCGUUUUAUUCAUAUUCGGCGUGAUCGCGUGGUCCUACUAUGCCUAUGUGGUGGAGCUAUGUGUUCUGAAAACCGAGAAUAAUGUUGCGAAGAUAUUUCUGCUGAUUUUCUAUCACAUCGCUCUCGUAUUGUUCCUUUGGUCCUAUUGGCAAACUAUUAACACGCCAGUGGGCCGCGUGCCGGAUCAGUGGCGCAUACCGGAUGAAGAAGUGAAUCAGCUAUUCCGGGCCGAUAAUCAAGAGACUCAAAAGCGCAUUCUAAACAAUUUUGCGCGCAAUUUGCCGGUUACGAAUCGCACAAUCAAUGGCUCUGUUAGAUUCUGUGAGAAGUGCAAGAUCAUCAAGCCGGAUCGAUCGCAUCAUUGCAGCGUAUGCAGUUGCUGUGUACUGAAAAUGGAUCAUCAUUGUCCAUGGGUGAACAAUUGCGUCAACUUCUCCAAUUACAAGUUUUUCGUCCUAUUUUUGGGCUAUGCGCUGGUCUAUUGCCUGUACGUGGCGUUCACCACACUUAACGACUUCAUAAUGUUCGUCCAGGGGCAGCCAGGUGGCAGCGGCAUGGGACGCUUUCACAUACUCUUUCUAUUCUUCAUAUCGAUCAUGUUUGCCAUUAGCUUGGUGAGCUUAUUUGGAUACCACAUCUAUCUGGUGCUCGUCAACCGCACCACACUGGAGGCAUUUCGUGCGCCCAUCUUUCGCGUUGGUGGACCCGACAAGAAUGGCUAUAAUUUGGGACGUUUUGCCAAUUUUUGCGAGGUAUUUGGUGACAAAUGGCAGUAUUGGUUCUUGCCAGUAUUUACCAGUAAGGGCGAUGGAUUAUACUUCGUGACCUCCACUGAUCAAUUUGGCAAUGGGAAUGCCCAACGAUACGAGGCUAUGGGCAGGACGGCAGCAGGGGCAGCAACCAGCAACAGGUUAGAUGCCGACCACACAGAUAAGUUGAUUGACGCAAUUCCACUCAAUAAUCACCAACCUCAUCUGGAGCUAGACAACGUCCAAUCAUCUAGCAACAAUCAUCCUCUAAUACCGUCUAGUCAAGUCUCUGUCAACAUAGAACAAACAGCAGACGCAGCCGCAGCAACGACGAAGACAGCGCCAACCCUCAACAAUCAUGUCGUCGAUAUGAUCGGCGAUCAAGUAGUUCCCAAGGAUCAUUUUCAGUUGAAUGGUCAUCCAACUGCGAUAGCUGACGAUCGAAUUGUGUGAAAUGCAAAUCAAUUCAAGUAGCAAGUUAUCCCAUUUGAUGUAAUACGAUGCUAGCUGCUAGAGUGUGUGCGUGUGUGUGUGUAUGUGUGUCUGGAAGCAUGUGUGUGCGUGUGUGUAUUGAAUACAUACUUGUAAGUCUUAUGAAGGGGUUUCGAUGGGAUUAAUGUUAACUCUUACUACCUAUAGCACCGUUUGCCCAGUUGCCUUAACAUCCAAACACAUCAAUCGCAUAUAUAUAUAUGUAUGUAUGUAUUAUGAAAAAUAUGCCUAAAACAAUUUAUUUUUAAUUUGUGCAAUAAGACAUUUAGGCUAAUUAUAAAAUCAGAGCGUAUAUAUAUAUAUAUGAAGAUAAUCAAUUUGAAUGGGGCAAUUUUUAAACAGUAUCAUUAAUUGAAUGUUGUUAUUUUGUUAAAGUAAAUCAUAGUAAGUGGUCUAAUUGUUAUAAAAGACUAAAGACUUGAUGAAUACUAAAACUCAUAAAAAAAGGAUCAUAAACAUAUACGUAUACACAACUCACCUUAAGCAAAAAAAAAAAAAAAAAAAAAAGGAGAAUACCUAAUGAAUUUUAAACUUGAUCGCAUUUGAAUGCUUUUAUUAAUAUUAAUUUGUAUUAAUAUUUAAACACUUUGAUUUAUAUUUUUGCUAGAUUACUAAUGUUAAUUUUUUAUAGCAUUUAUAUAUAAAUAGAUAUACACGUUUUUGUACGCGCGCAGGCUGGAUGACAAAUAUAUAUUUCAUUUUUAUAAAAAGUA